AAACAACAAAAAAAAAAAAAAACUUUUCCUGACAUUUGGAGAUUCAUUCACCAUGUCAACCAUGAUCUUUUCGUUUUUUGCUCGAACCUCAGCGCGAACUUGUUUACGACCCUGUAUCAAAUUGACACGUUUUCCUACCUUUGCCUACUCAACUCAAUCUAUUAGAAGCAAUACUUCAUCUAUUUUUGAUAGAAAGUCAAUCCUUUUUAAUGUCAAACAUCUCAAACAAGCUUUAGAGAGACAAGAUGUUGUGUUCUACGAAGCGCCUAAAGGUGUAGACCGUACAUUUACGUGGAUGUACGUCUCAGCCGGCGUGCAACUUUUAUUCUGUGAAAAUGAGGAGGCUCCUGUUGUGCUUGCUCCUAAACCACAACGUAUAGCCAUUGCUGGUGGUUUAGUAACGGUUGGUAUUGCUGUUGCUUCGCUUAUGUGUUUAUAUCCAUGGAGAUAUAUCGAUAAGCUCAUUUUGUUAAGAGGCGGCAAUCAUGUGAAGCUCGUUACCCAUGCACGCUUUGUCGAGUCGCAAAAGUACAAAAUUUACCCUAUCGACCGACUCUAUUGUAAGCAAAAGGUCUUCACGGGUGUAGGUAAAUCAGGUAUUGAACCAUUGGGUGCCACUAGUAAAAAAUCCAAUGGUAGAACGCAUAUUUUUAUCAAUGCCGAGGGCGAAAGAAUUGCCUACAUGUUGGAUAGAAAAGGAUCUUUCAUGGAUAGCAAACUAUUUGAUGGUUUAUGGUUCAGAAAUAUCAAUGCGUAAUUGUAACAUAUCAAUAAACUGAGAACGAAGUGUAAAAACUGUAAUAAAAAGGAAAGAAUAAAGGAGUUGAACAAGAGUUAUCUACAUAAUAUAUAUACAAGUAUACAUAUAUAUAUAAUCUGAAAAGUAUAUCCGGCAGAGUCAGUUGAAUGAAAAAAAAAUAAAAUAAAAGAGCAAUAACAACUGAAAAGUAAAAAGAUAUGGAUUACGAAGGUAUGAAAUAUGUACAAGUAUGGGU